AUGUAUAAUAGUAAUAAUAGAAGAGUAGUAGUAACAUUGUUGUUGUUAACUGUUGUGUCACUGUUAUCUAUAUCAUCAACGUUGGUAACAGCUGAAUCAUCACAACAACAACAAGGUGACUUGACAUCAUUCAUAACAUGGCUCACCGACAAUGGAGUAUUCAUGAGUGAUUCAUUGAACAUAGUACACAUCGAUGGCUAUGGUAGAUCAAUAGUAGCCAAUAAAGAUAUCGAGAAAAGUACUAAACUGAUUGAAGUACCAACAGGUAUUAUGAUGGCAAAGGAUGGAGUUGACAAGCAUAUACCAAAAGAGAUUGUGGAGUUGAUGAAACAGAGUGAGAUAGCAAGGACGGAUGCUCAGGCAAUUUACUUGAUGUACUCUAGACUUAACACUGAUGCCUUUUGGUAUCCUUAUGCCUCUGUCCUGCCAGAGACAUUCACAACGACCCUCUACUUCAACGAUGAAGAGAUGGCCGCCCUCCAACGAUCAAAACUACGCGACUUUGCCAUGGGUAGGAGCAAAGGUAUCCAGCAUCACUAUGAUACAAUCUUUGAUCAUCUCAAGACUGUCAACGACGAGUUCAAGAAACCAGAGUAUACGUUUGAAUUGUUUAGAUGGGCACUUAGUUGUAUAUGGUCGCGAGCAUUCAGUUUGAGUAAGAAUGAUGGUGGAUUGGUUCCACUGGCAGAUAUGUUCAAUGCCGAGGACAAGGAGAACGCACAGGUCGUCCCCGACUCAAGACCCAACAAGUUGACAUACUACUCGAACAAGCCAAUCAAAAAGGGCGAGCAGGUGUUCACGCCAUACGGCGUCUACAAGACAUUUAGCAGCGCACAAUUGCUCAUGGACUAUGGCUUUGUGUUCCCGCAGGGAUCGUCUGGCGACACCGUCUACCUCGACAUGGAGGACCUGCGCAAGGACGAACCACUCCGCAUGAAGAAGGGUGAGUUGCUGCGAGGCGCCAAUGUUACGCGUGAGAUCAUGCUCGUUCGUGGCAAGAUGCCCAAGGAGCUGAUGGUGUAUGCACGCGUCAAGAACAUCAACGAGCAAGAGCUGGACGAGGCCAAGACGCACUUCACCACCAAGGAGACCAGGGACAAGCCACUCAACAAGCGAAAUGAGAAGGUUGCGCUGAGGUACAUGAUCACCUUCCUCUCCAAGUUCCUCGACACUUAUGACACCACCCUCGAGCAGGAUAUCGAGCUGAUCAAGCAGUAUGAAGAAGAUGUCAAAUUGGUUGGAGCAAGCAGUAUCUCCCUCAACAUGGCCAACGCCAUCAGAGUGCGCAAGUCUGAGAAAGAGGUGUUGUCAACAUUGAUCAAGACCAUUCGAACUCUUCGUGAAGGCAUUCAAUAA